AUGACGACCGAGACCAUCCAUGGGAACUCGCAAUUCCAGAAGCCCUCCUCUCUACGCUGGAUGUGGAAGUCACCCGGUGGAAGGUACCGUAAUGAAAUAGACCACAUCAUCGUCAAUAAAAGGUUCUGCCCCACCCACGUCGCUGUUGUACCAAAGUUCUAUACGGGAUCGGACCAUCGCCUCCUCCGAGGAAGAUUUUCCUUCACAAGGAGAGCAGAGAAAGCUGCCAAGUUCAGAGAGAGAAAUCCCAGGACAAUCAUCAACUGGGAUCUCUUCGCUACGCUAACCGGCUUUUGGGAAGAUUCCGCAAUGGGCAACAUCGACGAGGAAUAUGACCGGCUCGUUGAACACUUUCACGACUGCGCGAAGAAGACUGAGAGUUUUAAAACCACCAAGAGACGUCUGUCUCUUGAAACUCUUGAGCUGAUACGCCAGCGUGGAGCAGCACGAGCCGCAGGGAACCAAGAACUCACGUCCGACUUCGCAAGGCUUUGCAGAAAGGCGAUAAAGGAAGACCUUAAAGAGAGAAGAGCAAAAGUGCUGGCUGAAACUGCAGAGGUGUGGAAAAACAUCCGCUAUGCCCGUCGAGACUUCGCCAGUCGCAAGACGAGGAUGACUGCUCUCCGGAACCCAGGGAAAACAGCCAUUGCAUCGAGAAGGGGGAUGGAGAAAAUCAUCUACGACUUCUACUCUGAUCUCUUCGACAGCCAUGUCCUCCACUUACCUCCUCACCAUCUGAGGGAAGACGGACAAGUCAUUCCAGAGGUUCUCCCGUCCGAAAUACGACAUGCUGUCAUGUCGGUAAGAAGUCGUACGGCAUCCGGUCCCGACAGAAUAAGACCAGAACACCUGAAGAGUCUUCCGCCAGUACUCACCAACACCCUGGCGAGGCUCUUUACACGUUAUCUGUCGGAAUGCAAGGUUCCUAAACAGUGGAAGACCAGCAAGACCGUGUUGUUGUAUAAAAAGGGAGAUCCACAUGACAUCGGCAAUUAUCGUUCAAUCUGCUUACUGUCUGAAGCCUGCUGA